GCCACCGCGCGCGCUCGUGCCUACUGCCCGUACCACUCUCGCGUCCUUACGUAACCGAUUACCGAUAAUCGAUUUGUGAAAAACUAUUUUUUUUUUAAUCGACUUUUUUGUGUGUGCUCCUUGAUGGACUCAGGAUUGUGUGUGAACAGUUUGUGUUGACGUUUGUGUUACAUAAGACGGCACGCGAGCGAGCGAAGAUUUAAAAAAAAUUCUAGAAUUGAUUUGAAAAUGGCGCGUUUGAAGUUUGAUUUCGGCGGGUGCACGCGCGGGUGACGGGUCAGUACGCGCCGGGAGCUUGCGGUGCGCGGACGUCCGGAUGCACCCCACCGGCGCGGCCAGUCUGCCCGCCGCACCAGAGGCGGAGGUGCAAGCUAUGCACUCGAUGGACUGGCUCUUUAAGAAGGAAAGGAUAUAUCUCUUAGCACAGUUCUGGCAACAGAGAGCUACCCUGGCGGAGAAGGAGGUAACAACGCUAAAGGAACAAUUAGCAACGACCAGUCCUACACCGCUGCAAGCCACAGUACCGCCUAAAACAAAUGGCUCACACAUAGACACACCAAGGGACCAAGAAACGAGGAUAGACAGUUUCAGUCCAGAUAUAAAAGAAGAGAAAAGAAGAACUCCAGAUAUUGAUGAGGAUAUAGAACAUAAAAUAGAAAUGGCUGCCACAGCGAGGAGUAAUAGCAACUCGUCACGGAGCAGUCCUGUCGUUAAUCAGGGAAACAAUUUAGAAAGUGAAUUAGCUGCUAAGGAAAAAGAGAUCGCGCAAUUAGUAGAAGACGUGAGACGGUUACAAGCAUCGCUGUCAGCGCUUCAGGAGGCGCACGCAAAGCAGUUGCAGCGGCUGGAAGAGAGGCUGGAUGAAAAGAAACAGCACAUCGCCAGGCUUGAAGCGAGACUGGAUACGCAGAGGGACUACGAUGAUAUCAAACGAGAGAUCAGCAUGCUCCGUUUCUCGGAGCUGGGCCCGAACGAGCGGCCACACACAAUACCACCCCCUAAAGACAUAUUCGGUCAUCAAAAUCACCUCCUGCGUUCGAUGGAGCUAGGCGGCAGCGAGCGCGAGCGCAAGCCGGAGCCGCUCCGCUCGCCCGCCGCCUCGCAGCACGAGCGCAGCUCCGCCGAGCGCGAGCGCAGCACGGAGCGGCGAGAGCCAGGUGCGGAGGAGUGGCCCGCGUCGCCGCCGCCGCUCAACAACAACACGACGCACCACAACCACAACGGCGCGCCGGCGCCCAGCCCGUUCCGCUUCGAGGAGCACCGGCCGUACCGCUUCGCGGAGGACAUGGGCCCGCUGCCGCCCGGCGCGCUCGUGGGCCGGCUCGGCGACUCGCUCAUCCCCAAGGGCGACCCCAUGGAGGCGCGCCUGCAGGAGAUGCUGCGCUACAACAUGGACAAAUACGCCAACUCGAACCUCGACACGCUGCACAUCAGCCGGCGCGUGCGCGAGCUGCUGUCCGUGCACAACAUCGGCCAGCGGCUCUUCGCCAAGUACGUGCUGGGCCUGUCGCAGGGCACCGUCUCCGAGCUGCUGUCCAAGCCGAAGCCCUGGGACAAGCUCACGGAGAAGGGCCGCGACUCGUACCGCAAGAUGCACGCGUGGGCCUGCGACGAGGCCGCCAUCAUGCUGCUCAAGUCGCUCAUUCCCAAGAAAGUGGGCACAAAAGAUGGCACAGCAGCGCCAGGUUUCGGAAGAUCAGACGGCGAAGGUGACGAACGGCUCGCACAUAUCCUCACUGAGGCUUCCCACAUGAUAAAAACACCGACACAGAACACGAAUGACGAUUCUAGGAGUAAUGAAGACUCAAGUUCACCGAGAACGCAGUGUCCCUCCCCAUUCUCGAAUAAGGAUUCAAGUCAAAAUAGAAGGCUGAAAAAAUAUGAAAACGACGACAUUCCUCAAGAGAAAGUGGUUCGCAUAUAUCAAGAAGAACUGGCCAAAAUCAUGACGAGGCGAGUUGAUGACAUGCGACAUAAUCGUGAAGGGUUUCCUGGCAUGUUCCCUCCAUUUUUCAGCGGCGGCAUGCCACCACACAUGGAGCGGCCACCAGAAGACAUCCGCAUGGCCAUCGAAGCGUACCACAGAGAGCUUGCCAAGAUCCAACCCGGCGGGAACAUGCCCAACUUGCACAAUAUACCCGGAAUGCCACCCUUCCCCAACCUGAUCGCGCUACAACAUCAAGCGAUGCAAGCGCAGAACCAGCACAUGAACGGCUCAGGAGCGGUCCAAGACCUCUCCCUGCCCAAAGACAAAAAUGCCAAAAUAAACGGUAUGACUGAUAGCGAUAAGGACAGACAGAUGGACGCGGAGGAGGCGAUCCGGCACGCGGGGAGUGCGUUCUCCUUAGUGAGGCCGAAGUUGGAGCCGGGCCAGCAGUCCACCGGCUCGUCGGCCUCCAGCCCGCUCGGGAACGCCAUCCUCCCGCCAGCAAUAACGCCCAAUGAAGACUUCAAUACUUCAGCGGCAGCGAGCCCCUUACAGCGAAUGGCGUCAAUAACGAAUAGCUUAAUAUCUCAACCUCCAAAUCCCCCACACCACACCCCUCCCCAGAGAUCGAUGAAGGCCGUGCUUCCACCGAUCACGCAACAACAGUUUGAUCUCUUUAACAAUCUGAAUACAGAAGAUAUAGUGAAAAGGGUGAAAGAAGCGUUGAGUCAGUACUCAAUAAGUCAGAGGCUAUUCGGAGAAUCAGUGUUAGGGCUGUCACAAGGCUCCGUCAGUGACCUGCUCGCGAGGCCCAAACCCUGGCACAUGUUAACACAGAAAGGAAGGGAACCCUUCAUUAGAAUGAAGAUGUUUCUGGAAGAUGAUAAUGCUGUACAUAAAUUAGUUGCAUCACAGUACAAGAUUGCGCCAGAAAAACUGAUGAGGACCGGAAACUAUAGCGGAGCGCCUCCGUGUCCGCCGAACAUGAGCAAGCCGCUGGCGCCGACGCAGAAGAUGCUGUCGGAGGCGACGUCGCUGCUCAGCAAGAUGCAGCAGGAGCAGCUGCUGGGCGGCGCGCUGCACCUGCCGCCCGCGCUGCUGCUCACGCCGCCCGGCUUCGCGCCGCCGCACCCGCACCUGCCGCACGUGCCGCACGCGCCGCACGCGCCGCACGCGCCGCACCUGCCGCCCGACGGCAAGGAGCGCAAGCCGGCCCGCGCGCUGCCGCCGCACGUGGCGCCCAGCGUGUACGAGAUGGCGGCGCUCACGCAGGACCUCGACACGCAGACCAUCACCACCAAGAUCAAGGAGGCGCUGCUCGCCAACAACAUCGGCCAGAAGAUCUUCGGCGAGGCGGUGCUCGGCCUCUCGCAGGGCUCCGUCAGCGAGCUGCUGUCCAAGCCCAAGCCGUGGCACAUGCUCAGCAUCAAGGGCCGCGAGCCCUUCAUCCGCAUGCAGCUGUGGCUCAGCGACGCGCACAACAUCGACCGCCUGCAGGCGCUCAAGAACGAGCGGCGCGAGGCCAACAAGCGGCGGCGAUCCAGCGGGCCCGGCCAGGACAACUCCUCCGACACUUCCUCUAAUGAUACCUCCGAGUUCUACCACUCGAGCUCGCCGGGCCCCACUACGGGCGCGCCUUCUGCUAAGAAACAACGCGUCCUAUUUUCAGAAGAGCAAAAAGAAGCUUUGAGGCUCGCGUUCGCCCUGGACCCGUACCCAAACAUGCCGACGAUAGAAUUCUUAGCCGCCGAGUUGGGCCUGUCGACGCGGACGAUAACGAACUGGUUCCACAACCACCGCAUGCGGCUGAAGCAGCAGGCGCCGCACGGGCUGCCGGCCGAGCCGCCGGCCCGCGAGCCCGCCGCGCCCUUCGACCCGGUGCAGUUCCGCCUGCUGCUCAACCAGCGCCUGCUCGAGCUGCAGAAGGAGCGCAUGGGGCUCGCCGGCGUGCCGCUGCCCUACCCGCCCUACUUCGCCGCCAACUCCAGCUUCGCGGCGCUCAUCGGGCGCGGCCUGCUGCCGGCCGACGAGCGCAAGGACGCCGCCGGCGGGCUCGACCUGUCGAUGCCGCUCAAGCGCGAGCCCGACGCGGACGACUUCGAGGACGACGACGCGGAGAGCAACCUCGGCUCGGAGGACUCGCUCGACGAGGACAAGAGCGAGCCCAAGGCGACCUCCACGCCGGCGCGGUCCAGCCGCCGCAAGCCCGCCGCGCCGCAGUGGGUCAACCCCGACUGGCAGGACGACAAGCCGCGCAACCCCGACGAGGUCAUCAUCAACGGCGUGUGCGUCAUGCGCAGCGACGACUUCCGGCGCGAGGCCGAGCCCACCGUGCGCGUCGAGCCCUCGCCCGCCGCUGAGCCCGCGCCCGGAGAACCCUCGCCCGCUGCUCUAGCGCCCGACGAUAUCAAAACCGAGGCGGAGGACCGGUGGGAGUACUAGAGACCCAGUGUAGUGCAGUGUCCACGCGACCCGGACGGUUGGACCGCCAGUGCGUGUAGGGUUGCGACUCGACUGUGAGGCCAAAGACUCUGUAUAUAGCGUUAGCGCGAGCGCCGCCCGCGGGUAACUUGCGAUACAAAAUUUGCAUUUCGCUUUAAUUUUAUAUGUAUUAGCGCCCUAAAGGGGCGCGGACAACUGAAUACUUUAAGCGCGUCCCGCUCUCGAUCCGAUUGUUGUAAAUAAAUAUACCAAAUAUGUCGAAGCGGAGACGCGGUCCUGUAUAUAUGUACGUAGGGAGCGACGCGCGAUGACGCGACCCGUCGCGGUUAGUUAAGUGUAGAGUUCGUUUUAUUGUUAAAUAAAUUUUAAAGUGCAAUCAGAUGUUAAUUUAAGUAACGGUAUACUGUAUCCCAGUUGAAAAGUAUUAUUAUGUUUAUAUGGACCGGUGAGGUUAAAAAUAUUAUUAUCGGGUUAUGUGAGUUUCACUUUAAAUUAUGGAUGUUUAUUUUAUACAAUUUUAUGUUUUUCUACGAUUAUUAUAUUGUAAUACUUAAGCAGUAUGGCUCAAAGUUGUGAUGUAUAUUAUCUGUCACCGUAAAUCAUAGACACUUUCUUUACGAGAUCUAUAGACCCUACUUUUAUAACAGACUUAGUGAUUUUAAAAAGAGAACGUACAAAUCGAAACACAAAUUAUCCUACAGAUUAGCAAAUGAUGUAUUGCUUGUGGUUAUAGAUUUAUUUUAUUUUUAGCAAUAAAUUUGCUUUUAAUCUUAUUUUGAA